AUUUAUAAAACAGGUAUGGCCCCACAAUUAUCUUCUCUCUCAAUAUAGAUCUCUACAUCUUCUUUCAAUUCUUGUUGGUCCUAACAUAGACUACCGUGAAGAGAGAGAGAGAGAUCACAAGAUCUACAAUCAUGUCGGCGAUGAUCGCCAAAAUGAUGAGCACAUCAUCGGGCACUUCACUAUCCUCAACAACCUCACCACCACCGCAACCCACUUCUCUGCCGGUCCGUACGAUUCCCGGCGGCUACGGCUGGCCGCUGCUGGGUCCGAUAUCGGACCGGCUGGACUAUUUCUGGUUCCAAGGUCCGGAAACUUUCUUCAGGAAGAGGAUUGAGAAGAACAAGAGCAGAGUGUUCAGGACCAACGUGCCUCCGACGUUUCCGCUUUUUCUCGGAGUAGACCCUAACGUCGUGGCGGUACUCGAUGUCAAGUCUUUUUCUCAUCUCUUUGAUAUGGAUUUAGUCGAGAAGAAGAAUACUCUGAUCGGAGAUUUCAUGCCGAGUGUCAAGUUCACCGGCGAUGUUCGUGUUUGUGCAUAUCUUGAUACAUCGGAGCCUCAACACUCUCAGGUCAAGAACUUUGCGAUGGACAUCCUAAAACGAAGCUCCACCAUAUGGGCAUCAACAGUAAUCUCCAAGCUAGACACCAUGUGGGACACCAUUGAGUCCGACAUCUCCAAGUCCGGUUCAUCUACCUAUCUCACCUCUUUACAACAGUUCAUCUUCAGUUUCCUCACUCGCUGCCUCGUCGGAGCUGACCCAUCAAGCUCACCGGAAAUUGCAGAGUCCGGCUACGCCAUGCUCAACCGGUGGCUCGCUCUUCAGCUGCUUCCCACUGUCAAAGUCGGCCUUCUUCAACCUCUAGAAGAAAUUUUCCUCCACUCUUUCGCUUACCCUUUUUUACUUGUCCAAUUUGAUUACAAUAAGCUGGUCAAAUUCGUGGAAAAAGAAGGGAAAGAAGUGAUAGAGAGAGGUGAGUCGGAGUUCAAACUCAGUUCACAAGAUGCCAUUCACAACCUCAUGUUUAUACUUGGUUUCAAUGCGUUUGGAGGCUUUUCAGUCUUCUUUCCCAGUCUAUUUACUGCAAUAGCGAAUGAUGAAACUGGGAUACAAGAAAAGUUGAGGAAAGAAGUGAGAGAAAAAUGUGGGUCGUCAGACUCACCUCUGAGUUUCGACUCGGUGAAAGAGAUGGAACUCGUUCAGUCAUUCGUAUACGAAACUCUCCGACUCAACCCGCCUGUUCCUCUUCAAUACGGGAGAGCAAGGAGAGAUUUCAAACUGAGUUCACAUGACUCAGUGUACGAGAUCAAGAAAGGUGAGUUGCUUUGUGGGUAUCAACCAUUGGUGAUGAGAGACCCAGAGGUAUUUGAUGAUCCUGAAACGUUUGUGGCUGAUAGGUUUACGAAAGAGAAGGGUAAAGAGUUACUGAGUUAUCUGUUCUGGUCGAAUGGGCCGCAGACUGGGUCACCCACUGAGUCAAACAAGCAGUGUGUGGCUAAAGACUACGUGACUCUCACUGCGUCUUUGUUUGUGGCUUAUUUGUUUCAGAGGUAUGAUUCCAUUACUAUUGACUCUUCUUCUGGGGCAAUCACAGCCGUUCAAAAGGCUAAGUGAGACAACGGGAAUCUAUGUAUGAAUCUCAAACUUGCGUAUGUAUUGAGGAUUGUAUAUUGUGUGACGAACGAGAAGAUUGAUAACGGACGAUAAGGAGGGUCCCACGUUAAUGUGGGAUUAAAUAUGAUGGUUUUUAGUUCAUAUUUUCUUUUCUCGUUGAUUUUUUUUGUUCAUUCUUCGCAAAAUGGUGUGUGGGUCACG